AUGGCGACCAUUGAAGAAAUAGCGGCUGAAGAGCCCAUGGAUCCUGGGAGGCUCGAGGCCAAGCAGGUCGCCAACUCGGACGAUAUGGAGCUGAUAAUGUUGGGCAAGAGUCCCAAGAUGAAGAGAGUCUACAACUUCUGGACGUUAUGUGCGUACCAAGUCAUGAUGUGCGCCACAUGGGCAUGCGUUGUGGUCCUGUACGGCACCAUCUUCGAUAUUGGAGGCCCAGUAGGCCUUCUGUACGGAUCAAUCGCCGUUGCCAUUGGUCAAACUCUCCUCAUGGCCUCCCUGGCAGAGUACUGUGGCAUCUGGCCCACCGCCGGAGGACAGCAGUUCUACGUGCAGGUCCUGGCCAGCCCCAAGUGGCGGCCCUUACUCUCGUACCUCGUCGGCUGGGCACUGAUGACGGCUGAGAUGUCGGUCAGCUCCUCGUGCGCGAUCCAAAACGCCAACAUCAUCGGUUCCUUCAUCCAGACCGUGCACCCCGAUUUUGAAUGGACUUCCUGGAUGAACUUCCUCCUCUACCUCGCCUUUAUCAUCGUUCCGCUGUUCAUGAACCUCCACGCCUCCCUCCUGCCGUUCUACAGCUCCUUUGGCGCGUUCCUUACCGUCGGCGGCUUCUUCGCCUGGGCCAUCACCGUCCUGGUCAAGGCGCCCAAGUCCAGCGCCGAGUUUGUUUUUACCACAUUCUUGAACAACACUGGAUACACGAGCAGCGGUUGGGUUUUCAUCAUGGCCUUUUACAACUCAAUCUACGGUCUGUAUGGCACUGAUGCCAUGAUGCACCUGGUGGAGGAGAUGCGAAAUGCCGCAGAGGAUGCGCCUCGAGCGAUGGUCUGGUCGAUGAUUUUUGCUGGUGUCACCACUAUUGUUACCGAUCUGAUCCUCCUCUUCACGUGCGGCAACUAUGCGUCCUAUGCCGAAGAGCUUGCCCCGUACGUCUCGUGGUUUGCGGAGAUCUCCGGUAGCUUAUACGGUGGUGGUCUCUUCAUCUCCAUCCUGUUUGUGAUAGGCAAUCUGCUCAUCUGCGUCGGCGUGUUGGCUUCCUGCUCUCGCCUCGGAUGGAGAAUGGCUGAGGACAAGGCGUUCCCUUACUCUGACUGGCUGGCCAAGCUUCACCCCAAAUACGGUGUUCCCUGGAACAUGAUGCUGGUGGUCUUUGUUGUUGAGAUCGUGGUUGGCCUCAUCUCUCUGGGUAGCGACCUUGCGUUCUAUGCCAUCGUCAGCGGAUCAGGCGUGUUCUUUCAGACAGCUUACAUCGCUCCGAUCAUUGCGGUUCUGGUCCGAGGACGUCACGUCCUGCCCGAGCGGAAACACUUUGACCUCGGCCGGUGGGGUCUCCUGAUCAACUAUAUAUCAGUUGCCUGGGCCUUGUUGGUCAUUGUGAUGUACCUCUGCCCACUGUAUCUUCCUGUCACUGGCGAGAAUAUCGGCAACAUGAACUGGGCAUGCGCCAUUGUCGGCGCCGAGGUUCUCUUUUCGGGCUUGUACUGGGUCUAUGCGGCCCGCCAUAAGUACUUGAAAGAGUCGGAUGUGGUGUUGACGGCCCAGAUCUCGAACCAGGCUCAGCUGGAAGGUCAAGCCGUCGAUACCAAGGGUCCUCAAGACACUAAGACUAUGUAG